AUGGCAGCUCGAAGGAUUGCUCUUGUCACAGGUGGCAACAACGGCAUCGGCUAUGAGACAGUCAAGGCACUUCUUCAGUCCAAUCAGCCGUAUCAUGUCCUCAUGGGCAGUCGCUCCCUCGAGAAAGCUGAGGGUGCAAUUCAGAAGCUCCUCGAAGAAUGCUCCGAGUCUGCCAACACGAUUGAAGCGCUCCAAGUCGAUCUUACCAGUGACGCGUCGAUUGAAAAGGCAUUCAAUCAGGUCAAGGCCAGUCCGGGACAUAUCGAUGCACUGAUCAACAAUGCAGGAGCAACGUUUGAUCUCGCAUUUGUAGCCGGGGAGAUCUCUCUCCGCGAGUGCUUCCUGAGAGCAUACAAUGUCAAUGUUGCAGGCACAAAUGUCUUUACCUGGAAAUUUAUGCCACUCUUGCUCAAAUCUACCGACCCUCGUUUGAUCUUUGUCACAGGUCUCUCUAAUGUCACGCAAGCGAGCAGAUCCUAUUUUCCCACGCCCCCCCAACCAGCCGGGUGGCCCAAGAAGAUCGAGUUUGAGACGAUCGGGUAUCGAUGUAGCAAGACGGCGCUUAAUAUGUUGAUGGUGGAUUGGAAUCACAAGUUGAAAGCUGAUGGGGUCAGGGUUUGGGCUGUCGGACCUGGAUUCUUGGAAACAGACUUAGGCAAUGCACGGCAUUUGGCAAAAGAGAUGGGAGCGAAGCACCCGAGUAUUGGUGGACAAUUCAUCAGGAGUGUUGUAGAGGGGGCCAGGGAUGCUGACGUUGGGAGGAUCGUCGUGAAAGAUGGGAUUUCGGAAUUCUGA